AUGAAGGCGAAACUAUACUCCAAGAAUAAAGACAAGGAUCAGGACAAGUACGGAGGAGGGGGGAGCUCCCAAAAUAUGAAUGCCUUCAAGAGGCUAUCCUCCAAAGUCCUAGGAGAUUCAAUUAACAAUUUCGAUUUGGGAAAAACUUUGGACAAAAUAGACGAGCAUGUAAAACAGUAUCCCUUUUUGGAUGACCUGGGGAAGAAGUAUGGCAUCAAGCCUUCCUACGUCAUUGUGGGUGUUGGUGUUUUUCUCUUCCUCUCGCUUAUCUUCGGUUGGGGGGCGGCCCUCAUUUGCAACGUCGUUGGUUUUGCUUACCCAGCCUACCAGUCCUUCAAAGCAGUCGAGUCGCAAUGCAAAGACGAAACGAAAUUGUGGCUAACCUACUGGGUGGUGUACUCUCUCUUCUUUUUUUUCGAGUACCUUAUUGAUAUCAUUUUAUUUUGGGUCCCCUUUUACUAUCUGCUCAAGUUACUGUUUCUCCUCUACCUGUAUAUGCCCCAAGUCAGGGGCGCCGAAACGGUGUACAAUUAUAUCAUUCGGCCCAUCCUGUUAAAGCACGAGAAGACGAUCGACAGCACGGUGAAGAAGAUUAGCCAGACGGCUACCAGCCACCUGACGCAGUUCACGGGAAACCUCACGGAGAAGCUCGUGCAGGAGGGGAUUCGCCGGAGAAAUGUAUGA